CUUUUCUUCUUUGUUUUCUUCUUUUUGAGAAAGAUUUCUUUGAUUUUUUGAUUUGAUCAAGCUGGUUAUCUUGUGAUGGCCGUUAAUCCCUCUGCUUCCAGUUCUAUUCCGACUUUUGCUUUCGGCUCUGUUUCGGUCUUUGCUUCCGGCUCUGUUUCAGUCUCUGUUUUCGAUUGUGUUCUGAUCUCUGCUUUUGGCUUUGUUUCAAUCUAUGCUUCUGGCUCUGUUUCAAUCUCUGCCUCCAGUGGUUCUUCCAUUGAUGACGCGGGUAUCCUUCUCUCUCCUUUUGAGCCGGAACUCUUUGAUAUUUUCUACCUUCCCCUUAAUGCAGAUGGGAAGUUUGUUGGUGGAAAAGUUGUUCUCCCUUUAGGCUUGACAAAGGUGUUCUGUGAUCUUGACAAAGUGUCUUGGGUUAUCAGUAGUUGUGAUGUGGAUGAGAUUAAGGAGAUUUAUAAAAAGAACUUGAUAGAUCCGCAGGUUUUUCUUCCUCAACAUCUUGUGGGCCGUGCGGCAUUUCAAUGCCUUCCUCCUGAUAUAUCGAAAAUAUUGGCUGAGAAAGUUGAGAAGGUUGCUGGUAAGUCUAAGGGGGUUGUUCCUCAAGGGGCGCCUUUAGUUGUGAGGAGGUCUAAGAGAUUGAAAAGUGCUUCUUUUAAAGCAGCUUCUGCGGGUGGUUCUGAUAAGGAUGUGGUGGAGGGUUGUGUUAUUGAGGUUGAUAAAGAGGCUCCUUCUUCUUUUGUUUUUCCUGAUGAUGAGUUGCAACAGUUCUCUUCGGAGGGGAGACUCUUGAUUUCUUCUUUUAUGGACUUUAUUGCUGGGAAAAGCUUUUCUAAACCUUUGACGAGGUUGCCUUUGAAAGAUGUCGUCCACCCCGGUUAUGAUAUCGACUUAAAGGGUCCUUCCAUUAUUGGGCAUAGUUCCAUUGCCCGCGAAUCUUCUAAAUCCAUGCUGUUGGCUGGUGAUAAAAAAUUGCUUUCAAAUUUUCCUUUGGAGGCUCUUCAUGACAUGGUCGUUCAUCAUUCUGCUAGUGUUUGUGCUGUACUACAGCAUAUGAAGGAAAUUCUCCUGGAUAAGGAAGAUUCGUCUUACUGUUCUGCUGCUGAUUUGUCUAAGAUGCAGGAGAGGAGUAAGGAUCUAUUAAACUUGUGCAGCCAGCUCCACUCUGAGAAAACAACAUUGGGAGCUAAUUCUAUCGAAGUUGAGAGGUUGAAGAAAGAGCUAACUAUGCUCCAAGAAUGUUAUGAUUUGUUGAAGAAAGAGAAAGAACUUUUCUCUUUUUCUACUGCUGUUGAAAAAGCGUCUUUGGAGUCCUUUGUUUUGGCUUUUCAACGGUGGUUGGGUGAUCUUUCUUCUGCAAAUUCUACUUUGGAGAGGUCCAUCUCAGAUCUAAAGCUUAUCAAGAUGCUGCUCCCUUGUCAUGGGCUGAUUGUGUCUGACCAUCUUCCCAAGUUUGAGGAUAUGGACAUUGCUGCAUUGAUUCAUGCUGAUCCGAAAUUGAAGAGAACUUAUUAUCGGGGUCCUAGUGCUAUUUUUUUGGAUGAUUCUCCUAGGGGUAGCUCUGUUGAUGCGGAGGUUUCACAGGGUGCCUCCCCUUCUUCGCCUACGUAGCGAGUCUGUUUUUUUGAGAACUGUAGAUAUUAUAUUUUUCUAUUUGUUGUGGACUUGUUUUUGUUUAUCUCGGGUUUUUUUCAUGCCUUGCAUAUGUUUUUUAUGAGACUAUAUAUAUGGAAAAUAUGUUUUCUUAUAUUCUGAAAUUUGCCUUAACCUCUGUGGUGCAUCUUGCAUAGCUUUUGCUUGGGUAUUUAUGUACACCCAAACUUGCUCACAGCUUUUUUCUUAUCUGUGUAACUUCUGCUUGGGUAUUUAUGUACACCUAAACUUGCUCGUAGCUUAUUGUUUGCAUAACUUUUGCUUGGAUAUUUAUGUACAUCCAAACUUGCUCACAGCUUUUUGCUUGUUUGUGUAACUUCUGCUUGGGUAUUUAUUGUACACCCAAACUUGCUCACAGCUUUUUUGCUUGCGUAACUUUUGCUUGGAUAUUUAUGUACAUCCAAACUUGCUCGUAGCUUAUUGUUUGUCUGUGUAACUUUUGCUCGGGUAUUUAAUGUACACCCAAACUUGCUCACAGCUUUUUUGCUUGCGUAACUUUUGCUUGGAUAUUUAUGUACAUCCAAACUUGCUCAUAGCUUAUUGUUUGUCUGUGUAACUUUUGCUUGGGUUUUUAAUGUACACCCAACCUUGCUCACAGAUUUUUUGCUUGCGUAACUUUUGCUUGGAUAUUUAUGGAUAUUUAUGUUCAUCCAAACUUGCUCGCAACUUAUUGUUUGUCUGUGUAACUUCUGCUUGGGUAUUUAAUGUACACCCAAACUUGCUCACAACUUUUUUUUGCUUUUUGCUUGUUUAAGCAUAUUUUUGUUUUACUUGGAUAUUAUGUAUUUGCUAAAUUUCACAUUUUAUUAAGAUAAAAGUCAUAAUAUUGA